AUGGCCGGUAACGCUCGAUAUGUGCGAUACAUUGUGAUCGCGUUCUUUAUUGUUGCCAUAUUCUACAUCGUUUCCAACUCCUCCGAGACGGUUGCCUUGCGGGCACCAGAAAUGCUUGGCGGCAAGCCUGUCUCCUCAAGCACCGGUAGUUCUGAUACAAAUACGAAGACAGACGGGAGUGCUGCGCCAGCUGCUCCCGAGACUACCGGCACGGCCCCAGCUAGCGACAAGACGUCGUCUGGCAAGACGGCCAGCGGCAGCUCUGCCGAGGCGCCGAUGGCCAUGACGCCAAACGACUCUGGAUUUUACGAAUUGAACCAGAUUGCACCGGGUCCGCGUAUGAAUGCCACGUUCGUCACGCUUGCGCGCAACAACGACGUCUGGGAGGUGGCUCGGUCCAUCCGGCAGGUGGAGGACCGGUUCAACCGGAGGUUCAACUACGACUGGGUGUUCCUCAACGAUAAGCCCUUUGACGACACUUUCAAGGCUGUCACCACUUCUCUCAUUUCUGGCAAGACCCACUACGGUGUGAUUCCUAAGGAGCACUGGUCUUUCCCGGACCACAUCGACCAGGACAAGGCACAGAAAGUCCGCGAAGAGAUGGGCCGCCAGAAGAUCAUCUAUGGUGACUCGGUCAGCUACCGCCACAUGUGUCGUUUUGAGUCAGGCUUCUUCUUCCAGCAGGAGCUUAUGCUUAACUACGACUACUACUGGCGUGUUGAGCCCAGCGUUGAGUACUUCUGCGACAUCCACUACGACCCCUUCCGCUACAUGCACGAGAACAAGAAGAAGUACUCCUUCGUCCUGAGUCUAUACGAGUAUGCCGAGACGAUCCCAACCCUUUGGGAAAGCACGAAGAAAUUCAUGCAGGCGCACCCGGAGCAUAUCGUUGAGGGCAACUCGAUGGAGUUCCUCAGCGAUGACAACGGCGAGACGUACAACAAAUGCCACUUUUGGUCCAACUUCGAGGUCGGUAACCUGAACUGGCUUCGCUCCAAGGCAUACAUGGACUUCUUCGAGUCGCUUGACAAGGAUGGUGGUUUCUUCUAUGAACGAUGGGGCGAUGCACCCGUGCACUCCAUUGCUGCCGCCCUAAUGCUCAAGAAAGAAGAGCUCCACUUCUUUGACGAUAUUGCGUACUAUCACGUCCCUUUCACCCACUGCCCGACUAGUGAAAAGACGCGCCAAGAUCUUCACUGUCACUGCGACCCCAGCAAAAACUUUGACUGGAAGGGGUUCUCUUGCACGUCGAGAUUCUUCGAGCUGAACCACAUGCUAAAGCCGGACGGCUGGGAGAAGCAGACCUAG